AUGUUUGCAAUAUGUACUUUCUUGUUGGCGGCAUAUUUGAGUUCAGCAGAUGAAAGCAAUUAUUCUUAUUAAGACUGGAUCAACAAAAAUGAGCAUAUUUUAUAAUAUAAAUAUAUAUAUUAUAGUAAUAGUAAAAAUAUUCAGUUUUUCAUAGAAUAUAUAGAAGAUGAUACUGACCCAGGAAAAUGUGUAUGUGACCUCACUGCUAAUUCAUGUGAUGUAUUUUGCUGCUGUGACGAUGAUUGCUCUUCAACUUUAAAAGAUCUCUGGGACACAGAAGACCCAUCCACAAAUCGAUGCUUAAACAGCAAAUUUACAAAAUAUUACUCACUUAAAUGCCCUAGUUCGAAUGAUAAUUAUUUUUACUCAGCAAGAAGAGGAAUAAAAUCAGCUACAUCUGACAUUAUGAAUAAUCUUUUAUGUGUGGAUCAAGAUAACUCAGCUUCUUUUGGAACUUAUUAUAAAAAAAUCUCAGAUAGCUCAAUUUCAUCCGAUACAAUACAGCAGCAAAUAACUGAUAAUGUGGAGUAUUCAGAUUUAUUGUAUUCUCCACAGACUACAAUUACAAGAAGUAAUUUUAACCCUGGAGAUCUUAUGGGUUCAUUAGCUAACAGCUGGGCACAAUUUGGAAAUAGGUGGAGUUUGCCAAGUCCAGACAGUUUUGGAUAUUGUAAUGAUAUGAAUUUUGUCAAAUGACUUGAGCCUUCAUCUCCAGGAUUUUGUAAUCGCCAAUACCUUGCUUCUACUUUAUCAGCAAUGCCUUUGAGUAGCGCGCUAAGCGCCCGAGACUUCCCGACGAAGUCUGGGCAGUGGUUUGACCAGCUGAUGUUGGUCAAACCAGCAUCCAAUUUGACAAAUCUUCUAUAUGUUGGUUUGACCAACAUCAGCUGGUCAAACCACCGCCCAGAUUCGUCGGGAAGUCUCGGCGCUUAGCGCACUACUCAAAGGCAUUGCCUAUAUCAAACUCAUUGCACUUCUGAACUAAAUGCUGCUUUAUACUCAAGCCUUCUCCAAGUCUACAAUACUUCAAAUCUUGCCUCAAGCUCUCUUUAUACAAUACAAAUAGGAUCAAUAAAAAUAAGGGACGUCAAUACUCUCAUUGACACUUCGUCAAGCAGCACCUCAGUUUCUACCACUUAUAGCAGCUGUAUAUGCACAAAUGCUUUAUUAGAAGCCCAUUAUACAGUGCUCACAACUUUAUCACAACAAUAUUUUUUAAAAAUAACUGCUGAUCUUGUGGUAGGAAAUAUUGGAACGACUGGAUGCUCAGGUACUGAAACUAUUAAUAUUCAGCAAAAAUUUUCAGUAACUUUCCAAACACAAGAAACUGUUACUGUGAAAUCGGGAAAUCCAGGGUAUAUAGUAGGAAAACCUGUAUUAUUAGGAAAGUUGCAGUCGGAUAAUACAAUAAAUGUUUAUUCGAGUGGGUAUCCUGUGUAUGGAGCUUCAUUAACAGGACAAUGCUUAACGUCAAGCCAAACAACUUCUAAUCCUCCUGUAAUAAAUUUCAGGCAAGAUUUUGUGUAUUCUUGCUAUUAUCCUCUUAAUCUCUCUACCUCAGAGUUAGAAAAACAAUUGAAAAGAGGGCAAUAUAUUUUUCUAUUAGAAAAUAACAGAAAGUUUUUAAAUAUAAAAUUAUUUGUAUGUAAAAUCUUUUUAUGCAUAAUUAAUAAUUGUUAUAGCUAGAUAUCUUGCUAGUUUUAUUAAAUUUAAGUCGCUUAAGUCCUUAAUUAAAUUAAUUUUUCAAAUAUUGAAAAUGGGGAAAUUUUUAUGAAAAAAAUUAUAAAAUUAAUUUAUUAUAAUUUUUUAAAAAAAACUUUGAGCAAGAUUUUUCUCCUCAGUCUAGAAGUUAGCUAUCCAGCUCUUUCAAGCUAUUGCACUACUUAUAAUGAAAAAUUGCCUAUUUUUUCGAUUUUUGAUGAUAUUACUCAUGUAGGGAAAUUUGGAAAUUCUCUUUCUAGUAAUAUUGACGACUGAGUAGAAAUAAAAGAUGCAUCAAAUAAAACAGUAGCGACAAGCUGAAACUCAGAAACAGGAGAUUGCUUGCUUCCAAACAUGGUGGUUUAUGAUAUUGUGGUAGCGGAAAUUGGAUCUAUAAAAAAUCCUCAGCCAAAAAUAGUUUAUGCACAAAAAAGAAAAGAGUUUACGAAUUGGGCAUUUAUGAAAACUAUUACCACUGACGACCAAUAUUUUAUGAAUACUGUUGUGAUUAAUUAUAUCGAGUAUGACAAAUUUAAACUUAAAGUGCUUCAGAUUUGAUAACCUGCACAUUUCCUACCAGAACCAAUGCUUGCCAGAGAAAUUCAGACUCUAUUGGAACAGUGGUUUUCUCAAGGAAUCGGGCUUGCACUGCGAACUGGGUUAGAAGCCAUUUUGCCCUUUUGCUAUUAAGGUAUUGAGCCCGGUGCCUCUUGUCAGCAUCCACGAGGAGUGGAGACGCUUUGGAAAAAGAACGACACCUCCAGAUUUUGAGGAAAAGUGCCUAAAACUAUCCGAUCAUUAAUACUUGGAGUCAUAAAUAUCAGCAUUUCAAAGCAAGUAAGUUAGAAUUGAAGGGCCUGAACCCAAGGCUCAUGACUUUUGUAUCACAGCGGUUUGCAUCACCAAGGACAUAUCAGUCACUAGCACCAUAUUUGCUAUGAGUAUGUCAAGGAUUUUGAUCCUUAUACUCUUAUUAGAUUAAAAUCACAAAUUUUACCCGAUGAUGUAUUAUAUCCAUUUACUCCUCACUUUAAGUUGAAAAAGAAGCCUUUUCAAAUUUAAAGGCUAAUGCAAAAUUUUUGAGAGGUAAUAUAAACCAUUUUUCAAAAAAAUUAACUGAUAAAAUUUAUCGAUUCAAAGUGAUAAAUUUGUUAAAUAAUAUCUAGUUUCACUUUUCACUUAAAAGUUAUACAAAUUGUUUGUAAAUUUUUGUAUUUUAUAAUAUUAAAUUGGGUAUAUAGCAUUUACAUAGAAAUUUUGAUUUAUUCCUAUAAAAAAUAAAAUUUUCUAACUCCCCCCCCCCCCUCCGUGAGCGAACAAAAAAAAUUUUGUUCGCUCACGGAGGGGGGUUAAUUUUUUUUUUUAAAAAAAUUUAUAUAUAUAAAUUUUUAUAAAAAAUAUUUUUUUCGAAAUUUAAAAAAUCCUAAUUUGCAAAAAUUGGGAAGCAAAUAUUAAAUUUAAUUUGCAAAAUUUAUGUUUUAAAACGCAAUUUGUUUAAAAUUAAACAGAAUUAGCUCUAGAUUUCAUUAUACUAAUUAUCACUUAUAUAUCAAAAUUUUUUUCCAUUAAAAUUUUUUCUAUUAAAAAAAUUUUUGUUCACUCACGGAGGGUGUGGUUUUUUGGUCAAAAAAAUGGCGAUUUUUCUAAUGGUUUUGUUCGCUCACGGAGGGGGGGGGGAGUAAGCUAAUAAACCCAAAAAUUGAAAAUUUUACCAAUAUUUUGUAUAAUUUUAAGUGAGGGAGUUAGAGCAUCUGGAAGCAGGGUAAGUAUAAGCGUUAUUUUUGGCAUUUUAGCAAUAAUCCUAAAUUAA